GAGAGCAGAGGCUCUCAGGGAGACAGAAGAGGAAGACGUGGCCCAGGAGAGACGAACCUGCCACGAUUCGCGAUGCAUCUGUUCUUCUGGGUCGUGAGCAGCGGCCUCCUUACAGUGUGGGCGGCUGCGCGGGAUGAAGAGGCACCAGAGCCCCUCACGCAGCGGCUGGGUCCCCCUGGGGCCUUGCCAUGCUCUGGCACGGACCUGCCAGACCCACGUUGUCCCCGCAAGAAAAAAGCAGCCACGCUGGUGCCCUCCUUUACCAAGACCACGCCCCACGCCACCACUCACCACCUGAAGACCACGCCCCAUCCCACGACGCAUCCAGCCAACCACACCACAGUUCCAGCCAACCACACGACACCCCACCCCACCAAUCACACCAUUCCAUUUCACACCACCGCUCCAGUCAAUCACACCACAGCCCACCCCACCAAUCACACCACGGCCCACCCCACCAAUCACACCAUUCCAUUUCACACCACCACUCCAAUUAGUAACACCACGGCCCACCCCGCCAAUCACACCACGGCCCACCACCACGCCAACCACACCACACCUCCCGCCGUGGUCACCACAGCCCCGUUGCCCACAGACACUCCCCUUGUGGCUGUGGGCAAUUACAUGGUCAAGAACGGCUCCACCCCUUGCCUACGGUUGGAAGCGGGGCUCCAGUUCCGAGUAACGUACACCAGCAAAACUAAGCACCAGCUCUGGGGCACAUUUGCGCUGCAGCCAAACCACACCAACGCCUCGGGGUCCUGCUCCGGAGAAGCCGCCACCAUCAAGCUGCGCUUCCCAGAGGGCUUCCUCAUCUUCAUCUUCAAAAAGAAUGAAACCGAAAAGACAUCUUACCUGACCAGAGUCCAGGCCAACCUGACGUACCAGUUCUUACAAGCUACAGAGACAUCCUUUGGAGCAGAUUCUUCCUCUCUCCGAGAGUUCGAAACCUCCCUUGGACACAGUUAUCAGUGCCAGAACCGAACUCUGACCCUCGCUGACGGCUUUCAACUUCAGGUCCUGAAAGAACGGGUCCAGGCCUUUGAGCUGCAAGGUGGAGAGUUUGGGGAAGCUGAGGUCUGUACGGAGCAGCGACGUUCACCCGUCGUGGUCAUCAUCGUGGUCGUGGUCCUUGUCCUUCUUAUCGUCAUUGUGCUCGUGGCUUAUGCCGUCGGACGCAGGCGGAGCCAGGUGGGGUACCAAACCCUCUAAGGAGAUUCGGCCUGCCUGUGCCAAUCACCUUGGCCAAAGGAAGAGCGAACUACCGGAUCUGGACCCUUCUCCUGCAGCGGGUCUCGAAGACACCAUCCGGCUUGGAUUGCUCCAGUCUCCUCAGUUGCUGGACGCAUCCCAUUUUUGUAUUUGUUGCUUUGACUGGGGAUUGAAAGAACGGAGGGGAGAGAGGCAGCAGAACGGAUCGGAUUUCGGGGGUGUUGUGGGGUUUCCGUGUACGGCCAUACAGCCCGGGAACCCCACAACACCCCGGUGGUUCCAGUCGUGAAAGCCUUCGACAAUACAUAUCAGAUUUGUGUUUGUUCGUUUGGGUAUGUGACAGUGUGUUUUGCAGGAGAACUGAAGCCACCAGAAGUUCAGAUGUGUCCAAGAUGAUCUGGCUGUAAUGGAGAUACCAUAUAUACUCGUGUAUAAGUCGACAAGUGUAUAAGUCGAGGCACCUAAUUUUAACACCAAAAACUGGGAAAACGUAUUGACUCGUGUAUAAGUCUAAGGUGGUAACUCCAAAGCAGGCUUAAGCAAUCUUUGGAGCAUUGCCCUUUUAAGAAAAUCAUAGAGACACACUGCCCGAUCGGCAGCUUCCCUAAAGCUAAGCCUCAGAGCCUGCGGGGAAAGGAAAAGAUGAGUGGGUGAGUGGGUGAGUGGGUGAGUGAGUGAGUGAGUGAGUGAGUGAGUGAGUGAGUGAGUGAGUGAGUGAGUGAGUGAGUGAGUGAGUGA